GUGAAAUUGGUAUCUUAUGCAAUGGCAUAUCAGUUACUGCAGAAUUGUUGGGGAAAGAAAAUUUAUGAUGCUUCCUGAAUUUUUAAAAGGUGUUUUUUCGGUGCCAGUUCUCCGCGCUGAGGAAGAAACUGCGGAGGAGGAAGAAUUAGUUGACCCCCAGACUUCUUUAAGGGAGAAGUGUGCGACUCAUGGCAAUACAGAAUCAUUAUAUAACAAAUAUCAGGAAUGCAAUGACCGCGUUAACUCUAAAUCAAAAACAACAGAAACCUGCAUGGAGGAGUUGUUUGAUUAUGUAGCAGAGUUGGAUCAUUGUGUUGCACAUAGCUUAUUUGCUAAGCUGAAGUAAAAUGCACCAUAAUAAAAAAGUGGUUGAGGUUAAAAAUAACAUUGACACUUUUUGAAGUUAUAAAAUAAAUAUAUCUUUCGAAAAUUCAACUAAUAUUGAAAAAAAAUUAAGAUGCAGAUUAUUGUUACUAUAAAACAUUAAUACAGUUGCUUUUAUUUCUAAAAUGUUACUGACAAUUGAAGUGAAUUGAUUUUAUGUACUAUUUUUAUUUUGGAAUGCUUUUAUAAGUUACUGCAGUAGUUUCGCAUUAAAAUGUACAUAAUUUUAUCAAAGUUAAGAAAUUAUUGAAGUUUAAUUAUAGUAUAUUACUAUAUAAGAUAUAUAUAUGUAAACUGGAAUUGAAAGACAUGCUUAGUCUGCAUUGUCAGAAUUUGAUAUUAUCGUUCUAUCUGCGGUAUCUAUUAGAUUGUAAUAUCUAAAUUAAAUAACCUCUUAUAAAUGUAACGAUACUUAUUUAGACUCACUUUUAAGCUAAUAUAUGUUUUCGUUGUUUCAUAAUAUUAGUCCCAAAUAAAAAAUUGAGAAACUGCUUUAUCAUGGCAAAGCAUUUAUACGAUGCAUGCAAACAUAACCGUACAGUUGCUCUGAGGAUUAAGAGGAAAUUAAGUGUCAAUCUACAAUUAAAUUAAAAUUACUUUCAAUCUCAAGUAUGUUUCAUAAACAGAAUAAAAUACUCUUAAUCUUAA